GGUGGGCGGGAGGUGGCGGCGGCGGCGGUGGCCGAGGCUCGCGGCGGGAGGCGAAGGCCCGGCCGGCUCCAACCGCCCGGGCCCGCGGAGCGCAGAGCGGCCGCUCCCCGAGGCGCCGCCGUGUCGUGUGGCUCGGCCUGCCUCCGCCUCCCCGGGCCUCCGGUCCGCUGAGUCUUCCCUGCGGUGGCUGGAGUUUUCAGGAAGAGCUAAGAUGGCCGAGUUUCCAGAUGACCAGGCUGCUAGGCUGUGUGACAACUGCAAAAAGGAAAUUCCUGUGUUUAAUUUUACCAUCCAUGAAAUCCACUGUAAAAGGAAUAUUGGUGUGUGCCCUGUCUGCAAGGAACCAUUCCCCAAAUCUGACAUGGACAUUCACAUGGCUGCAGAACACUGUCAGGUGACCUGCAAAUGCAACAAGAAGUUGGAGAAGAGGCAGUUAAAGCAGCAUUCGGAGACUGAGUGUCCUCUGCGGCUUGCUGUCUGCCAGCACUGUGAUCUGGAGCUUUCUGUUCUGAAGUUGAAGGAGCAUGAAGAUUAUUGUGGAGCCCGGACAGAGCUGUGUGGCAGCUGUGGGCGCAACGUACUCGUGAAGGAGCUAAAGACUCACCCUGAAGUCUGUGGAAGAGUGGAGGAGGACAAGAGAAACCAGGCUGCCAUCCCUCCCGAUGCUUACGAUGAGUCUUGGAGUCAGGAUAGAAUCUGGAUCGCAUCCCAGCUCCUCAGACAAAUUGAGGCUCUGGACCCACCCAUGAGGCUCCCUGGAAGGCCCCUGCGAGCCUUUGAGGCAGAUCCCCUCUACAGUAGGACUGCGGGCCAGAGGAGCAUGGCAGCCCAUUUUCCAAUUCAAAAUAAUUUUUUUGAAGAACAAGAAAGGCAGGAAAGGAAUAGAAGCUGGCAGUCCCCAAAAGACAGUGCUGAGAAUAAUGCGCACUUGGACUUCAUGUUGGCCCUGAGUCUGCAGAAUGAAGGACAGGCCUCCAGCAUGGUAGAGCAGGGCUUCUGGGAGUCUGUGCCUGAGGCCGAUCCAGCUCGUGCUGGGCCCACAUUUCUAGGUGACAUAAAGGGUGCUGCUGACGAGACUCUGCUGCCCUGUGAGUUCUGCGAGGAGCUCUAUCCAGAGGAACUGCUCCUUGACCAUCAGACAAGCUGCAACCCUUCACAUGCCUUACGUUCACUCAAU